AUGACAAAUGAUCAACAAAAUAUGCCGCCUCCUCGUAAUGGAAGAAUUGACGAUGCUAAAGAAAAAAUUCCAAAGCAUAAUAAAUAUAAUUUUCAACUCAUUCACCGCGGAAGUAGGGAUGGAUUUAAUGUCACAAUUAUGUGUAAAAAAUGUGAAAAAAAAGGAGCGUUUAUUUUGAUUAUUAAAACUAAUGAAAGUGAUGCUGUAAUUGGUGGUUAUAAUCAUUUUGGUAUCAAAUUAAAACGCUAUGGGUCUUGCGAAUGGGUUAACACUACCGAUAGUUUUAUAUUUUCUCUUGACGAUAGAAAAGACUUGAAAAUUAGUCGAGUUGCAAAUCAAAAUUAUGCAAAUUAUGGGUUGAAUUUUGGCGAUAGUGACUUGGUUAUUACUGGUAAUGCUGGCACGUGCAAACAAAAAUAUUAUGAAAGUAAAAUUUUAGAUACAGACAAGUUUACUAUCAAAGAAAUGGAAGUUUUUACAUUCAAGGUCGAGUAA